GUAAAAGAAAGAAGGUGAAAGUAAAUUGAGAUAUCCUAAAAUGGGUACAAGUUCAGAAAGCUGCCAGGUUUCAAGAGUAUCCCUUCAGGGCAAAGCUAUUGUCUGUAAGACAAAUAAUAUACCUACUGCAGACGACGGAAAUGAACUUCAGCAUAGCUUUAGAACUACAACCAUAAGGUAGAGCAGGAGAGAAGAAAGGAAGGAGAAAAAGAGCUACUGCAAACCAUGGAAAGCUUUGGAAUGAAGGAUGGUGGGCAAAGCAAGAAGGCAAAAGCCACCUUUGGGCUCAUACGCAGGGGAAAUGCUUCUGAUAUGGAGAAGAUGAAGCCCCAUUUCUUCAGGGUCAUGCUUGAGUUCAUGCUGCAGGAUUCCAAAAUAUACAUUCCCACCGAGUUUGUGAAGAGAUAUAGAUCAAGGCUUGGGAGUUCUGCAACACUGAAAGUGGCUAACGGCGAGACAUGGGAAGUAGAGCUGGCUACUGAUGAUGACGGGCUGAUAUGGUUGCUCAAGGGCUGGGAUGACUUCACGAAGCACCAUUCUUUGAGGCAAGGUGAUAUUGUGGUUUUCCGGCUUGAGCAAGACAGCUCGUUUUGUGUAAUGGUGUUCGAUCCCACUGCGAGUGAGAAGAAGUACAAUGUCAAGGAUGCGAACGACCUUGUAAGGAUGCUCAAGGAGGUCAAAAUUGAGGAGGGAAUUGAUGCAGAGAAAGAGAAAGGUUGUGGGGAGGGUCAGGAGAGGGUUGGAACUGGAAGAAUGGAGGAGGUUGAAGAGCGGCUCAAGCAAGUGAAGGACAAGAAGAGUGAUGGAGAAGAGAACAGAAAGGGGACAUUGGCUUCUCCACUUGAGAUCCCAAACCAUCCAUUGGAAACAAAAGUGACAGGAAUACCUGAACCAAGGAGGGGCAAUGCCUCUACAAGCUCAAAGAAUCCAAACUUUUCCAUCACCAUAACUGAAGGUCACAUGAAGCAUCGUUACAUUCGCCUGCCAGUUAUUUUUGUGUUUGAACACAUGAUGCCUAAAAAUGGUACUAUGCCCAAAAAUCGUACUAUGACGGUUCUCGCUGAAGACGGGUCCGGCUCAUGGGAGUUGUCCUUUGUCUUUCAUCAACCAUGUAAACGUGGACGUGGACGCGGGCAGGGCUCAUUCGCUGGCGGUUGGGCCGCAUUCUCCAGGGACAACACUCUGAAACCAGGGGAUGUUUGCCGGUUUGAGCUCAUCUCCGAUGGCCUAAUGAAAGUAACUAUUCAGCACAAUUAGAGCUGGUUGGAUAUGCUGAAAGUUUGAGAGCCUCUAGAAUGGAGUUUGUUGUGUUUGCCCAUUUUGUGUGUUUAUUAAUGGCUUAUGAAGCCAAUGCUAGUUUUUAACUAGAGAAUUCAUGAGAUAGUGUAAUUUGGUAAGGCGUUUGUUGAUGUUUUGCUUCAGUUUCUGAAGCACGCCAUGUGUUUUGUUUUAUGUUUAUACAGGGCAAAACUCUGUUAUCAAGUUAGUUUCAGAUGUUAGUCUUGUUGCAUU